UCCCGGCAUGCAGUGCGCGGGGGCGCGGUGUACGCCGGGAGCUAUAGUCCCCUGCGUGCCCCUGUCUGCGCAGUCUCGCCAGCCUUGGACUCGCUGCCCCACAAUGCCCCGCGCUCAGGCGAGCGGCCGGGCAGGGCGGGCGCACGCGCGCUGCGCGCUGUUGUUGUGGCGGCGCGGCCCGCUGCUCCCUGGCCGGCAGCGAUGAGCGACAACGAUGACAUCGAGGUGGAGAGCGACGAGGAGCAGCCCCGCUUCCAGUCCGCGGCUGACAAGCGAGCCCACCACAACGCACUGGAGCGCAAACGGCGGGACCACAUCAAGGACAGUUUCCACAGCCUGCGUGACUCCGUGCCCUCCCUGCAGGGCGAGAAGGCAUCCCGGGCCCAAAUCCUGGACAAAGCCACAGAGUACAUCCAGUACAUGCGCCGGAAAAACCACACGCACCAGCAGGACAUCGAUGACCUCAAGCGGCAGAACGCACUGCUGGAGCAGCAAGUGCGAGCCCUGGAGAAGGCGCGCUCGAGUGCCCAGCUGCAGGCCAACUACCCAGCAGCGGACAGCAGCCUGUACACCAACCCCAAGGGCAGUGCCAUCUCCGCUUUUGACGGCGGCUCUGACUCCAGCUCUGACUCGGAGCCUGAUGAGCCACAGAGCAGGAAGAAGCUGCGCAUGGAGGCCAGCUAGGCCCCCCCACACCUGCACCCUGGCCCCCUAAGGACUCACCCUUUUCUCCUCAAGGCUCCAGGGCUGCACCUUUGCAGCCCUCCGUGCCGGAAUCCGGGGGGUCUGGGGGACCCCGACUGCGUGGAGAUGCCACCAGCACCCCCAUUUCCUCUCCCCCCUGCCGCUAGCGAGCCCCUUUCUGCACCUCCUCUCCCCCUUCGGUUUUAUAUGAGCAUUUCUAUUUAUACCCAGGGACCACUGCAGCCCUGAGCUGAGCCCGAGGCUGUGCAGGAGGCGGGCAUCCCCCCCAGCCCCCAUUGCCCACCUGUGGGCACCCCCAGGGGGUGAGCACAGGGGGGGGUCUCGCUAUUUAUUUCCUGUGUGUGCAAGGCAUCCCCCUGCCCUCCAUGGCAUGGAGCUGCAGGGCUCGGGCUGGGUGGUCUGCGUGUGCAUCCUGCCCUAUGUCCCACCCCUCCAACACACGAACACCAGAAGCCGCCUCCCCACAUUUGUGGCAUUUCCCCACCUCUCCUCUCCCUGUAGGUGACCCCAUUUUAACGCCAUUCAUUCCAUGGAUCUAAAGUAUGUUGUACAUACUGCUCAGAGUUGUCUUGCAAGUUAAGGCUUCC